GAUCCAGCCUUUAUACAUAGAGAUCAGUGGUCACGACCUACUGGAUUAUAACGAACGACCAUGUCAUAAUCGGGGACCCCUUGGGGGAGCCCGUCCGCACGAUUCACUAGGGGCGCUACUCAUCGUAAAACGAUGAUAAAACAAUAUAUACCUUGUCCAAACUCUACAGCAAGGAGCGGAUAGUGCUGGAGAUAAGGCUGCUGUCUAGACCGGUUUAGACCGCGUGCUCGGGCCCCGGGGGGUGCUGUGUCAGCUGUGCGGCCACACGACAAGCAUGAUAACGGCUUUCAAAUACGCAGAAACUUAAUACGAGUUAUCUUGCCUAAACCGGGCUAUGACGAUAUCACAGAGACAGGAUAUAGCGCUGCUAACGUUGCUGUUGCUACCAGAGAUGUGAGGCGAAUGAAGAGUGCAUCUUGAUCUGGGCAAUUGCACAACUUGCUCCGUAGUCUGCUCCACGAUGCGACACAUUUUACGCCGGCGAAUUUAUCCACGCUUUGCAAACUAUGGCUACUAUAGUAAACGGACGUCCACCUCAUUAGCAUUUGAAAUGCCGCCCUGCAAUUUUCAACCAGAACCUUACACGGGUCGUCCUUACGAAGAAGUGUUUGCAGUGCGGCAGCGAAACCUAAAUCCCAGCCUGACAUCCAGCCUUUUCUACAAGAAGCCGCUUCUCCUCACAGAUGGCCACAUGCAGUGGCUGUGGGAUCACACGGGCAAGAGGUAUCUGGACCUGUUUGCAGGCAUUGUCACCGUCGGUGUUGGGCACUGCCAUCCAAAAGUCGUAGAUGCAGCAGAACGGCAAAUGAAACAAUUGUGGCAUACUUCCAACAUCUACAUGUAUCCCACGAUCCACGAAUUUGCAGAGAAACUUGCUGCCAGACUACCAGGUGACCUUAAGGUGUGCUACUUUGUGAACAGUGGCUCUGAGGCCAAUGACCUGGCCAUGAUGAUUGCUAGGCUGCAUACGGGAGCUUUUGACAUUAUUUCUCUCAGGAAUUCUUACCAUGGCCUCUCACCAUAUUCUGCUGGACUCUGUGGUGUAGGAACCUACAAGCAUCACAUUCCAUCAGCAUUUGGAGUACAGCAUGCAAUGAAUGCGGACCCUUAUCGAGGCCCUUGGGGAGGAGCGCAGUGCCGAGACUCUCCAGUGCAGACAACGCGGAACUGUGGGUGUGCGGAAGAGUGCAAAGCCGGGGAGCAGUAUGCCGACCAAGUUGAGGAUGUUUUACGACAUUCCGUCUCUCAAAAGCGCAUAGCGGCUUUCUUCGUUGAGAGUAUACAGGGUGUUGGUGGAGCAGUACAGUUUCCAAAGAACUAUCUGAAGAAGGUGUACAAGUUGGUUAGAGAUCGAGGAGGACUCUGCAUAGCCGAUGAGGUGCAAACAGGUUUCGGUAGACUAGGGGAUGGAUAUUGGGGCUUUGAAAUGCACGGAGUUGUACCAGACAUUGUGACCAUGGCAAAAGGAAUCGGGAAUGGAUUUCCUCUGGCUGCUGUCGUAACAACACCAGAGAUCGCAAAGGCACUCAAUCAGACCAGCUUCUUCAACACCUUUGGUGGAAACCCAAUUGCAUGUGCUGUGGGAUCAGCUGUCCUGGAUGUGAUUGAUGAAGACAAGUGCAUGGAAAACUGCCGUGUGACAGGGACAUACUUUCUCAAGGAAUUGGCCAAACUAGAACCCGAAUUCAGUAUCAUAGGUGAUGUCAGGGGAAAGGGACUAAUGAUUGGCAUUGAGCUGGUGCAGGAUAAGGAGAAGAAAACACCCCUUCCCUUGCCACAAGUGAAAAGCGUAUUGGAAGACUGUCGCGAAAUGGGUGUACUUGUUGGACGUGGAGGUCAAUAUGGAAAUGUCCUACGCAUCAAACCUCCAAUGUGUAUCACAAAGCAAGAUGUCGACUUCAGCCUGGCUGUCUUGCGGAAAUCUCUGUCUAAUAGUGCCAAGUGAAAUGUACCUACACAGUUUACAAUACGAAAAAUAUACACGUAUUUAGGGC